UACUAAAACCAUAGUAAUAUACUAAAACAAAUAAAAAAGUGACUAAUAAAAAAGAAAAGUAAAUUAGUGUGCCGAAAGAUGGCACGAAGGUCAGCUUAGUCAAAACGAGGACGAAGAGAAGUCAUUUCUGAGAUUGCUUGCUUUGGGGUUUCCUCUUCCUUCUUCUUCAAUCAAUUUGCUGAAAAAUCCCCCAUUUCAACAACCCAUGGCGAUGACUAUUGAAGUCUUGCUGGGCUUGCAUUUAUGUUUUCAUCUAGCAUCUUGCUACAGAUCCUGGCUUGUGCAUUAUACAACAAUUGGUGGCCAAUGUUAGCAGCUCUCAUGUACGUGCUGGUACCUAUGCCUUGCUUAUUCUUUGGUGGUGGGUCCUCUCAAUUUUUGUUUAGCAGGGAAGGAGGGGGGUGGAUUGGUGCGGCUAAAUUUUUGACUGGAGCAUCCAGUGUAGGGAGCAUAGCUAUUCCCAUCAUCCUUAGGCAUGCUCAUUUGAUUUCUACAGGAGCAAUGUUCAUCGAGUUCGUCUCAUUCAUCAUCUUCGUCUGUACCGUCUUGUGUUUUCACCAUGCUAGCCUCGAAGAUGAUUGGUAACAAACUUCAACGGAUUAAGUUCUUACUUUGGUUUUGCACCACCACAAAAAGAGAAAUCUUAUGUUGGGUGCUGAGGAAACAAGUGAAUAUUCUCCAACAGUGUACAUCAGUUGUUUGUAUAUUAUUUUAGAUUACUGUUUGAUAAAUUUGUCUCAAAGAAAGACAACGUUCCUGUUUAACAGGCUAAACGCGGAAAGAUUACAUGUUGAUAAUCUCAUUUGGAUAAUUAAGGCUGUGAUAACAAAGGCUUUAGCCCCA